AUAAGAUGCGAGAGAAGAAAGAGAAGCGGAAGAAGAAAAAUCGAACCCGCCGGCCCGUUGUUGUAGAGCAAAGGAAGAAAAGUGAAGAAAAGAGAGAAGGAAGGUUAGGAGGAGCAUCAAAACUCUUGAAAUCGUCUCAAAAUCGCGUGUAUUCGAGUAAUCAGCAAUGGCCGAAGAAGGAGUAGCCGGUAUGUUCAGGCUACAACAAACAGUUGGCAGCGUCCUCUGUUGUAUGUGCGGUAUUUCAAUGGCACCGAAUGCUGCAAACAUGUGUGUAAAAUGCCUCCGUUCUCAAGUCGACAUUACCGAAGGCCUCCAGAAGCGUUUGAUUAUCAUGCAUUGCCCAGAAUGCGAUUGCUACUUGCAGCCACCAAAAACAUGGAUAAAAGCCCAGUUAGAAUCUAAAGAACUUUUAACUUUUUGCAUAAAGAGGUUGAAGAAUUUGAACAAGGUAAGGCUAGUGCAUGCAGAGUUUGUUUGGACCGAGCCUCACUCCAAGAGGAUCAAGGUGAAACUGAGAGUGCAAAAGGAGGUUCUCAAUGGAGCAGUAUUGGAACAAGCUUAUACCGCCGAGUAUGUUCAGCAGGAGCACAUGUGUGAGGCUUGUUCUAGGGUUCAAGCAAACCCAGAUCAAUGGGUUGCUGCUGUCCAACUCAGGCAGCACGUCUCUCACAGGAGAACGUUUUAUUAUUUGGAGCAGCUUAUCCUUAGGCACGACGCAGCUGCCCGGGCUAUAAAAAUCAAGCAAUUGGAUAAGGGUAUCGACUUUUUCUUUGGGAAUAGGAGCCAUGCUGUGAAAUUCGUUGAGUUCUUGGGUAAUGUGAUUCCAGUUAGGAGUCGUCACGAUAAACAGCUUGUUUCCCAUGAUUCCAAGAGCCACAACUAUAACUAUAAGUACACAUUUUCUGUUGAAAUUUGUCCGAUAUGUCGAGAGGAUUUGAUUUGCCUGCCCCCGAAAGUUGCGGUCAGUUUGGGAAACCUGGGUCCUCUUGUUUUGUGCACAAAGGUGAGCAAUAACAUCAUGCUGCUGGAUCCAGUUACUCUACGCCACUCUUUCAUGGAUGCAAACCAGUAUUGGAGGGCUCCUUUUGGGUCUCUGCUUUCAAGUAAGCGGCUUGUGGAAUAUAUAGUAUUGGACAUAGAAGUUGGAACUUCUUCAUUCAGUGUUGGUGGUAGUGGUACGAAGUAUGCUUUAGCUGAUGCCCAGGUGGCACGUGUUUCUGAUUUUGGCAAAAAUGAUAUGAUUUUCACUGUGAAAACACAUCUCGGUCAUCUUUUACAUCCCGGGGAUUAUGCACUUGGGUAUGACCUGUAUGGUGCUAACAGUAAUGAUUUUGAAGUCGACAAGCAUAAGGGUCUUCUUCUACCAGAUGCAGUCUUAGUGAAGAAGAGCUAUGAGGAGAAGCGUCAGAGAAAGCGGGGGAAACCUCGUGCUUGGAAGCUCAAGACCAUGGACAUGGAGGUAGAAAACUCUGCUAGGGGUAGAGUUGAUGAAGAAAAGACGAACACAGAGUAUGAAGAGUUUUUGAGGGACUUAGAGGAGAACCCAGAGAUGAGGUUUAACAUAUCAUUGUACCGUGAUAAAGAUUAUCAGCCAUCUGAGAUGGCAUCCGUGACUGAUGGGGAGGAUGUUCCGUCUGUGCCAUUGGAGGAGCUGCUUGCUGAACUUGAAUUAAGUGAUGAGGAAGAUGACAAUGAAAGCAUGAGGGAGUGAUUUGUAGCUGCUACAUCUUUUUCAUUCGAGUCUUGCUCAUCCCUUAUCACUGGUUAGAAAAGUGGGAAGCUACAAGGAGACUGCAGGAUUUGUCGAAUGGGAUUAUGGAUCUCUGCAAGCAGGUGAAUAGAAGCCCAAGGCCAGGUAUGAGAUUGACUAGCUACGAGUUCCCAUUUUGGGGAGAUGUCAGGAUAUUUUAUCGUAAAACAAUAUGUUUCCAGAGUUAUGAGUGUAUAGGUAAAUGUGAUGCUUUCAUUAGCUUGUUGAAUUUUGCAUGGAUCACCAGGGGGCUUUGGUUUCCAUGAGGAGAUUGUUACUCUUAUCUUGGUUUUUCUUUUCUUUUCUUUCUUUCUUUCCUUUUUUUUUUUUUAAUGAAAUAAAUCUGUCAAUGGAAAUGGAGUGACUUUUUUCUU